AGUUGAAUUCUUAUUUUCCUGAUCCGAAGAUAAAUUACUUUGCAGGUGGCAUAUAGGUACAUUGACUGUAGAUGCUGAUUUAGGUGAAGUAUCUUGCUAUCUAGAUGGUAAUUUUGAUGGCUAUCAGACAGGGCUACCACUGCAUACUGGUAGUUGCGUAUGGGAGCAAGGAACAGAGGUCUGGGUGGGUAUACGACCACCUAUUGAUCUUGACGCAUUUGGGAGGUCGGAUAGUGAAGCAGCUGAUUCUAAGAUGCAGAUAAUGGAUGUAUUUCUUUGGGGAAGGUGCUUAACUGAAGAUGAGAUUGCCACUCUUCCUGGUGCAAUUGUUACUGUAGAGUAUAAUAUGAUCAAUCUAUUAGAUGAUAAUUUUCAAUGGACAGAUUCUCCAACUAGGGUCGAUGACUGGGAGAGCGACCCUGCAGAUGUUGUGGAUUGGGACGGACAGUAUUCAAGUGGGAGGAGAAGGAGAUCUGAACGGGAUGGUGUUGUUGUUUUGGAUGUUGAUUCGUUUACGAGAAGGUUGAGGAAACCAUCAUUGGAGACCCAGGAAGAAAUGAAUCAACGCAUGCGCUCAGUUGAAAUGGCUGUGAAGGAGGCUCUUUUGGCAAGGGGAGAAUCCCAAUUCACAGAUGAAGAAUUCCCCCCUGGUGACAGCUCAUUAUUUGUUGAUCCAGAUAACCCUCCUUCAAAACUGCAGGUUGUUGCUGCAUGGAUGAGGCCUAUUGAAAUAGUUGAAGAUAAUCAGCUUGUUUCUGGUCCGUGCCUGUUUUCUGGAGCAGCAAAUUGUUCAGAUGGACGACUGGGUGAUUGUUGGUUUCUGAGUGCAGUUGCUGUUUUAACUG